AUGGAGUUUACUACCACUUCGGGGGGCUUUCGCUCCCGGCGCUCAUACCCCAACCUCAACCACGUCUCCCUAGCACCACUGACCCCACGAUUCCCCAUAGACGACGACACAGAGCCAACAGACUACUUCACCCAUGAAAAUGAAUCCCCAACCAGCAUCAACCACGAACACCCAGCCCCAUCCUACCUAUCCAGCAUUUCAGUCCCAAGCACGCCCCCAAUCCUCUCCCACUCGCGCAGCAGCUCACGAACCCGCCACACGCGCAGCAAAAGCUCCAACCGAACAGGCCCAUCAAGCGACUCAAACCUCCACAGCCACGGCCUCUCCAAUCCCAUCCACCACAGCACACAAAAGAAACCAGCAAGCACCUUUCCGGGGCGACGCCACUUCGCCGAUACACCGAACACGCCCAAAAUAGACGCGGAAUGGAUGCUUCGUGCGGGGAUAGCAUUGGCCUCGUCAACCCGCGAAGAGAAAGGCCAGAGCUGGCUCUCUAAACGCGAGAGCUCAACAAGCCUUGUCGAAAUGCCCGAUGACACGGCUAUCAAUAACCGCCACCACCACCGUACUAAAUCAGGCGCCUCUUCUUCGCGCAAGUCCCGUUCCGGCGCUUCCACACCCGGAGGUGCCCUCUCCCGUCGUAGUUCCCGUUCCCGUGGCGGGAGUCGACGCGGUAGCCGAGUCGGUCUGACAAUGACUACUAUCCCAGCCUCAUCAUCAUCCCCAGCAACAGCAGGGAAAAUCUCCAGCUCGGGCCCCAGCACAGGCACAGGAACAGCAAGCCCCGAAAUCCGCGGCCGGGGCAGAUUAGAGCCCGAUUUCGUAGACGAGCGUAUCCGCGCCGAGAUGGCUACAUUACAACACCAACACCAACACCGGGCGUUUUCAGACGAAGACUCGGAACUCUGGGACGGUGAAGACGGUGGCGCCUCAGAGUCUGAAUACGACUACGACUCCGACGAAACGCCUGAUGACUUUGACGAAGCAGAUCUGCAACAAUUAACGCGCGAGCGCGGGUUCGGACUUGGUGGUUGGAUCGACCGGCUGGUUGAGUGGACGCUUUUCGGAGUUGAGGAGUGGCCUGCUCCUGUCCCUGAUGCUGCGACUGCUGUUGCAGCGGCUUCGAGGAUUGGGACUGCGGAGACGAGUACAACUGUUACUUUUGAGGAUCCCGUUGUUUUGUCGACUGCGGAGGAGAGGGAAGCUGAUGUGCUUUCGGUUGGGGACGGGGGUUGUCUGAUGAUGAUGAUGGGGAGGGUAUCAUUGCCUCUGUUGAGAAACCUGGGGUUAGGGGUGGGUGGGAGGAUGCUGGGUGGUUAUUCCGCGUUGUGA